AUGGAAUUCCAGGGAGGAAGACACAGUUAUACAGUGAAAAUUCUAGUUACCAAUCAAUAUGAACAUGUUGAUAUUGCAUUAAAAGCAAUAAAAACCAGCUUUGACAUUUCUAGUACUGUUUCACCUGUUACAGUCAGUGUUCCAGAGAAUACAAACAACCUAACCUCAAUCCUAAGUAUAACAGCAGAGGCUAGACUUGAAGGCACACAAUAUUUACUCUGGAAUCAAAGUGAUGAUAUGGUGGAAUGGGACUUUGCAGGUACCCAAAAAAAGAUUUCUUUGACGUUAAAGAAAAGGCUUGAAUAUAAAGAAGACAAGCAUUUAUUCCCAAUCACUGUUAGAACAUGG